UCUUAGGGCACUUGUUAUGUAGAUAUUGCUAUAUAACUCAUUUACAAACCCCACAGAUGCAUUUCAGGAGAAGACAGAACGUUAAUUCUGUGAUGUUCACUGGGGAAUCUUCUAGGGGGCAGGAAGAGAUAUCCCGAGCUCUGAGUUCUUCUUCUUAAGAUUAUAUUGGUUUGAAAAUUUACUUCUUGCUGAUAGCAGAGGUAUUCCAUGACUGAGGCAAUUGCUGACAAACAAAUCAUCUAGCUGUUUUUUGAGUCUUGAUGUGCACUGGAUUGCUUUUCAAGACUCACUUUACGAUUGCAUGCUGUGCUUUGAUAAAUGAGUGAUUUAACCAAGUCCUGGGAACACUUGUAGCGCCACCAGCAAUUCUCCUCUUUGUUUCUUGGCUAAGCUAAUCAUUUCUUAUUUAUAGAUGCAAACAUCUCAGGAGCACCAUGGUUCAGCCAGAUUCCAUGAGUUGUACAACCAGCCUUUGCAAGAAAUUGAUCCCUAUUAUUUGUCUCAGUUCCAGGUUUUAGAAAACAAUGCCUGCCCAGAUAUUAGCAACCAAGGAACAAGUGUUUCCUUCGAACCCUCUAAGGGACAAUACUUCACCCUGGAAUCAUCCCCAGCAACUGCUGGUUAUAUUGUCUGUGAUUCCCCUUCUGUCAGUAGUGGCUUGUCUAACAGAAGUCCCUUUUCCCCCCAAGUUUCUCCAUCGUGCAUUUCAGAUCCACAUCACUCCUCUGAUAACACCUAUGGAUCACCAGCAAGUGGCUCUUCUGUUGCUGAUAAUGGCAAUGAAUUGAGGCACUGGCUCAGGGAAGUGGAAGUUUUAUUGCUAGGUUCUGAAUCAGAUACUGUCAACAGCUGCUAUAACUGUCUCAAUAGUGGGAUCCCCCAAGCCACCUCCAUGUCGAGGUGGGAUUGGAAUCAACUAGUCAAUUUAGAUCUGAGAAGCAUGCUCAUUUGCAGUGCCGAGGCAGUAUCCUGUAAUGAUGUCUCAACAGCAGUUAAUUUAAUGGAAGUGUUGGGGAAGAAGGUGUCAGUCUCUGGGGAGCCAAUCCAACGAUUGGGUGCUUACAUGUUGGAGGGGCUUAGAGCAAAGUUAGAGCACUCGGGAACUGUUAUCUACAAAUCCCUGAAGAAGUGCGAAGAACCAACAAGCUCAGAGCUAAUGUCAUACAUGUCUAUCCUUUAUCAGAUUUGCCCUUAUUGGAAGUUUGCUUACAUGUCUGCAAAUGUUGUCAUUGGGGAAGUAAUGGCAAAUGAGCCCAGAAUCCACAUCAUUGAUUUCCAGAUUGCGCAGGGCAGUCAGUGGAUGCUUCUCAUGGAGGCUCUUGCAAAUCGGCCUGGUGGGCCCCCCCUUGUCCGCAUCACGGGUGUUGACGAUUCCCAAUCAGCUCAUGCUCGAGGUGGAGGACUUCAUCUUGUAGGGCAGAAGCUGUCGGAGUUUGCAGAGUCACGCAAAAUACGAUUUGAAUUUCAUGCUGUCCCCAUGUCUGGUUGUAAGGUUGAACUAGAAAGUCUGAUUAUUCGACCUGGGGAAGCCCUGGCUGUUAAUUUCCCCUACGUGUUGCACCACAUGCCAGAUGAGAGUGUGAGCACACAGAAUCAUAGAGAUCGACUGUUGAGGCUGGUUAAAAGUUUGUCUCCCAAGGUUGUGACCAUUGUAGAGCAAGAAUCCAACACCAACACUUCCCCAUUUCUCACAAGGUUCAAGGAGACACUGGAAUAUUAUACAGCCAUGUUUGAAUCAAUUGAUGUGGCUCGCCCAAGAGAUGACAAGCAGCGGAUCCGUGCAGAAGAGAACUGUGUGGCUCGCGACAUAGUAAACAUGAUAGCUUGUGAGGAUGCUGAGAGGGUGGAACGGCAUGAAGUUCUAGGAAAGUGGAGGUCAAGGCUUUCAAUGGCAGGGUUUACUCCAUAUCCGUUGAGUUCCCCUGUGACUCACGUUGUUAAGGAUCUGUUGAACCAGUAUAAUGAGAAUUAUAGGCUUGAAAAGAGGGAUGGGGCUCUCUACCUGUUCUGGAAGAACAGACCUAUGGUAACCUCUUCCGCUUGGAGGUGAAAAUGGUUGCUCUGCAAAAAUCUGUAAAUCUUCUUUUUACCCUUCUUUUUAUGACUUCUAGAGAUUGAGAGGCACUGGUAUCUGUAGUUCUGUAGAAUUGAGAGUAGCACUCUUUCCAAAAACACCUAUUUUAGAGCAUAUAGCUGAAUCUCUAUAUUCACUGUACAUGUCUGCCUAAAAUGAAAGAGAAAACAGGUCUAAUUCAUUCUGCACUUAA